GCCGUCUUGAAUCCAGCAUUCUGUGAAGUGAUUGGAAGGAGAAUUCGAUUGCCCUGAGAGAUUAUCUGGCUAUACCUGCAGAAUCUUGGUUGGAAUUCUGUAAUUGGGCGGCAUCCGACUGGAUCAUCAGAGGCCGAAAUGUCGGGCCCGGAGCGGGCGAGUCGCGGCGCCCACCAAACGGUUUUUACCCCACGACACACUCACUCAAUCUCGAACCCCUCCUUUCCCACGCACAACUCGCCGCGAACAUGGCUCCUCACCUCAGCCCUGUCGCCUCUUGCCGUCCGCCUCAUCCGGACGCUGCUCGCUCAUGGCGACUACGUCGUCGCCUGUUUACCGCCCCACGAGAUCGACCAUGAAGACCGCAGCGCCGAGUUCCGGGAGCUGGUCAACGAGUGCAAGAGCACGCGAAAGGACUGCAAGGGCUGGAAGGAUCGCAUCCGUGGUAUUCGCUAUGAUGGUAUCUCCAUGGGGAGCUGCGGCGCCGCUGUUGCUGAGGCUGUUCAAGUCUAUGGCUGUAUUGAUAUUUUGCUGUGCUGCAAAUCCGAAGCUGUGGUUGGGACGGUAGAGGAGCUAUCAACGACUCCAUUCACCCAGAACCUUGUCCGUGAUCAGUUUGAAUCCAUCUUCUUCUCCCAGGUUAACUUCAUUAGAGUUGCCCUCCCCCAGCUCCGUUCUCAGCAUACCGGACACAUCAUCGUCCUCACAAGCACUGGCGGUCACAUUGGCACUCCUGGCAUGUCAAUAUACACAGCCGCCACCUGGGCCCUUGAGGGCUUCUGCGACUCCCUCGCCUACGAAGUUGCGCCCUUCAACAUCAAAGUCACCAUAGUGCAGCCGAAUAAGGAGAUACAAUCCUUGACGAACCGCCUCACCUUUGCUCCUCAGAUGUCCGCCUACGAUCAAGGGCCCAAGUCAGUGCCAAGUAUACGCGACAUCCUCACCAACGUCCUCAACACUCACCCAGAUACGGCUCUUCCUUUCCCACUCUCAGCCAUUGAGCCAGAUGUUGUUCCCGGCGAGAUUUUGCAUCGAUAUCCGAAGCUGCCCCCAGGCGCGGCAGACAAGCUUGUCACGGAGACGGUGCAUGCCCUGUCAGCUAUUGGGGGCCAUGAGAAUCCCCCAGCGCGACACAUUGUUGGUCAUGAGGGCGCCAUUGCGGUGAAGGAGAAGCUCAAUACCGUGACGGAGGAGCUUGAGGAUUUCGUGGAGGCGAGUUUAUCGGUCGAUAUCUUCGAAAGUGAAUUGCAAGCGGAGGCGAGGGAUGGUAAAGCGCCAGAGCAGAGCCCUCAGUGGCCGCCUUCGUCGACUGGCUGA